GGGUUGUUGUAUUUGAAUCAAAAAUUUCAAGUACAAUAAAUUUGUGAUUUCUUUAAGUUGUGUUUAAAGUGUCAUUAUAGUAGUCUUAUAGGUCGUUUGUCGUCGUCCAACCACCAUCUAGUGGUUUAACAGAGAACCCAGCAAACAACAACAACUACGAAAAAACUGCCGUUGAUCUAAUUUCAGAGCUAUAAGUACGUUCGUACACACGUACCUACUCUACUCACCACUCUCUUCUAUGUGCAAUAAUAUACAACACUCCCAUUUGAUUGUUUUCACAAGAUUAUAAACACCCAACUAAUAAUCACAACACAGCAAAGAAUACUCGUCUUACAAGACUAGAAACAAGUAUUAAAAAAUAGUAAUUUACUAUAAACUCCCUCCAACAUGUCCACUUUGAUGUUUUGGAAUAAACAGAACAACAAUAGCAAUAGCAAUGGCAAUAAUGCCCAAAAUGGUGAUGGCAAGAAUGGCAAACGAACGUGGCUACAUGGUCCUGAUGCAUUAAUGAAUGGUCAUGUUGUUUAUCUAGUCAAAUUCUUUGGAAAUACCCCUGUUGAUCAGCCUAAAGGUAUUGAAGUUGUUAAAGAUGCUAUAAGAAAAUUACAAUUUGCUCAUGAAAUGAAAAAAGCCGAAAGCGGAAGUCAGGAGAAAUUUAAAAAAGUCGAAAUUACAAUUAGCGUUGAUGGUGUUGCUAUACAAGAACCGAGAACACAAAAGAUACUGCAUCAAUUUCCUUUGUAUAAUAUCUCGUACUGUGCCGAUGAAAAGGGUGUUAAGAAAUUCUUUAGUUUUAUCGCGAAAAACGCCUCCAAUUCAACGCAACCGAAACCGCCUUCGUCGGCAAAUGGUUUUCAUAAGGGCGGUGAUGAGAUAGCAGCGACAGAAGAUAAACAUGAAUGUUUUGUGUUUAUAUCGAGUAAAUUGGCAUCGGAUAUUACAUUGACUAUUGGACAGGCAUUUGAUUUGGCUUACAAAAAAUACGUGAACAGCACGGGAACUGCCGCCACUAAAGAUCAACCGCAAAUAAGAGAAUUAGAAAAAACCGUUAGUAUCUACAAGCAACGUCUAACAGAAUUGUCCAAUAUAGUUUCGAAAGCUGAAUUAGAGCGAAUGAUGACUAGGUUAGGAAUCAAGGAUAUUCUUGAAGUUCCAAGUGAAUGCAGCAAUCCAGUAGCUAAUAUUAAUAAUACCAACGAGAGUGAAAACGUAAACCUCAUUGAGACCUCCAACAAACCAUCAUCGUUACCAAUAGUGCCACCACGUAAUCUGCAUAGUCAAAUCAGCGAUGUUUUCAAAUCUGACAAUAAAAUGGGAGAACUGCUUCUGAAUUCAGAUUCGGAUAGUGAUUUUGAUCCUAGAGCAGAGGAACAUGAUAGUAGCAAUGGCAGUGGAAGUGGAAGUAAAAUUAAUAACGAUUUGUUUGGAUUUGAGCCACCAAAGAGCUUAGGCCAACAAUUGUUUACGAAUAACAACGAUAAACUUAACAAUAAUAAUUUCUUGGGUACUGAAUUUAAUGGAAGCAUCCUGAAUACAAGUCCCCCACCACUGUUGGCUCCACCACCAAAAGCAGGUCCUAGAAGGAAUCCAGUUACUCCAAAUGGCCAUCAGGACUUAUUUGGAUCCACGCCAUUUAGUGUAAAUGCACCUGAUGUUUUUGAUAGCUCUUUUAAAUCAAAAAUCGUUGAUGAUUUUUCAUUGGAAAGUUUGGAUCCUUUGAGAAACUAAUUAUAUUAUUAUUAGCCAGAAAAAUUGAAUGUAUUUUGAUGAAAUAUUUGCUAAAUGAUAUUUGUAAUGUUAUUAUUAUUAUUAUUUUUUAUUUUAUUAUUAUUUUGUUGAAAAUUGAUGUAAGUAAAGUGAUAAAGCUAUAAAUUAUACAUAAAAUAUAUU